AUGGUCUUUUCUGGCGAGCGUUAUUACAACAUUUAUCGGAUUUUGUUAACAGCGGUUGGUUUGUGGCCUUAUCAAACGCCGAUUAUUAUGCAAGUACAAUCUGUGUUCUUCCUUGGCUCAUAUUGUUUCAUUCUUUUAUUCCAGAAACAAAUAAAAUUGGACUGGAAUUCAAUCAAAGAUAAUAAUGAAAUCAGAAUAUUAGAGAAAUAUGCUAACGAAAAUCGUCUUUUGUCAUUAAUUUCAAGUUUUAUCCUCGACGCUGUCAUACCGAUGAACAAAUCUCGUCCACGUAAAGUAAAAAUAGAUUUUGAAUUUUUUAUUGACGAGGAACAGUAUUUCUAUAUUUACUUAACAUAUGAAAUCAUAACAGUAAUAAUUGAAAUAUUUACCGUUCUCGCAACGGCAACAUUAUCGUUCGCGCUCAUCAGGCACUGUUGCGCCACUUUUAAAAUCGCUAGCAGUAAUUUAAUCGAAGAAACAGUGACUCAUCAUACGAUUCAAAUUCCGGCUUAUCAGAAAACACAUGUGAUGUGUCAGAGAAUUAAUCGUGCUGUUCAUAUUCAUAGAAAAUCUAUUCGAUAUAAUACAAUGUGGUAUUUAGCUCCAAUACCAAUACAAAAAUUGCUUUUAUUUGUGAUGCAAAAUUCUCUGAAAACUCACACCCUAAUACUUGGUCAUAUUUAUGUAACAUCUCUAGAAGGAUUUUCUACAGUAAUAAAUACUUUAUACUGA